UUUGGUUUACUCACUGAUCUCUGUUUCAUAAAAGGACACCAAUAUACACAAAUCUUAGAUACAUACAUGCAGGGGCGGACUGACAACUCAUGGGGCCCCUGGGCAAUAGGGGAUCAUGGGGCCCCUGUGUCCUUGCCCAAACUCAAAAAAGUCUAUGAAAAAGGUACCAGGGGCAUCUCAUGGGGCCCCUACUGACCCCGGACCCUCGGGCAGUGCCCCGAGUUUCCAAAUGGUCAGUCCGCCCCUGCAU